AUGCAUCCAGCCAAGAGAAGGAAGCUGGAUCAGCCUCAGCCAUUCCAAAACAAACCUUUCCGCUCACCGCUUCGUACAGUAUCCAAAGUCCAGGGACAACCAGCAAGGGGACAACCGCAAAACCUAGGCACACCCGUUGGUGUCACACCUCAGCUCACGCCAUUGGUAAACAGUGCAGACGGGCUGAAUUCUCCUCAAAAAUCUCAUCAGACGACUGCCAAUCUUCAUGUAGGGUCCGCCCGUGGUAAACCUGCAGACCUCCAGAAACAAUACACUGCAUUAACCAUUCGACUCAUUCAGCUGCGACAGUCUCUUGAGAACGCAGAUCAAGCUAUUCAGAUCGAGGAGUCUGGUCAGGGUGCCGAAUUGAAGAGGUUAAUCACCAAAUGGCGAACGGUCGCUCAGGAGGCUGCGGACGAGCUUUUCGCCGAUGCAAAGGAGAGGAUCGAUGGAAUGGGUGGUGUGGCUGCCUGGCGGCGGCGGGCCGAGCAAGAGUCACGACGAUGGAAUCGCGACGAGAAGGGGCUUCUGCCACAGAAACAUGAGCAAGUGGCAAACAACGUCGCGUCCCUGGAGGACUGCCUGGCGACUGAUGAGAACAAGCCGUCCCAACCUGAGGAGGAGGACGACGAAAAUUCAUUCACAAUGGAGACGAUGCUACAACAGAUGAACAUUGAUUUGCAAGCAAUCGGCUUUGAUAAGCAACUCGAGAAGUGGAUCGAGUGA